AUGCCGGUCGAGGAAUUCAACCGGCUUCUCGAUGUCACCACGCUGAACGAAAUCGAAGUGGCGUUCAUGAAGGAAUGGAGAAGACGAGGGAAAAACAAAACGGCUGCCAUGAUCGCGAGGAAAAGGAAGCGAGACGAACUGACAGAUCUCGACGAUGAAGUCGAGCAACUCCGCAAACAGAAGGCCGGACUAAGGUCAAAGUACGAACAGCUGAAAACGGAGAUAGUGACGCUGAAAGCGAGGUCGAAGGCCGCGGAGGAGAGGGUGUAUCAGAGAUACUCGCGACAGAGCGGGGUCCACGUGUCACGUGACAGUCAUGUGAUCCACGUAGACAAGUCAGGGAAAGUACUGCUAGGACCUCGAGUAUCGUCACAACAGAUGCUUCUUGUGAAAUAG